GGCCAUACCAUAUGUCACCUAGUAGUUAGUACGUGUGCACCCACAUGGGCCUAGCUCUUUUUGCCCACCAGCAAGCAGUGGAUCCGAACCUUGUCCGAGGGGACGAAAUCGUUUAUAUUGGCCCGAGGAAAACCAACCGAUGUUAUCUCGCAUACUUUUUACCCUCUCCUUUUGUCCCAGGAGGACGCAGCUACUGCACUGGCAAGAAUGCCACGUCUAACCUUCGCAGUGCUCGGUAGUUUACAGCUACUCGCUGGUGUAUCAGCUCAAACAUGGUGUAACAAGCACUACAUGGCCAGCCAGCCUAUUGUUCCGCCAGGAGGCAACUUCCCGGUCCUAGCUGUAUCAAAUGACCCACUUCUUGCCUUCCGGUGUGCGGCUGCUAUGAAGCCCUAUUUGGCAGAGGAUGUAGGCACACCUGCAGGCGUCCUCAUUGAUUCACCCGUCGUGUACUCAGAGAUAUUCGGAGCACAGCCAAUUAACCUCCCAUCAGGACCUCUCUCCAGUGCUGGCACAUUGGACGUCACUGUGAGCCUGAACGGCAAGACCCUCGUCAAUGCACUCGUGCCACUCAAUGCUUCUGCAUAUGAGCUAUCGUUCAGCCUUGAUGGAAUAACUCCUCAGAUGACUGCAUACAACCUCUCUUGCGACGCCACUUACAACGCAGCAAGCUCACCUCAGACCUAUAGCGCUUCAGCAGCUCUUUCUGUACUCCCCAAUCCGACCAACAGCUCCGUGACCAAGAUGGAUCUGAGGACUGGAGCACUUCUGGCAAAACCAGCAACCGGGCUGGGUGGAGAGUACGAGCCAAUCUUUCCGAUUGGCUUUUACACGACCUUUGAAUACAUCUCAGCAAAUCUCUCAUUGAUUGAUACGCUGAAGGAACAAGGUUUCAACAUUAUUCAUAUUGUCCCCACGUUCGACAAUACGACUGCCUUUGACAUGGUUCUGGAUCGUAUGCAACAAGUCGGCAUGUACCUCAUGUACGACAUGCGAUUCACAUACAUGAACAACACUUCGGUGAUGGAGGAGGUAAAUGCUAUCAAGUACCGCCCCAACCUCCUUUUAUGGUACACCGGCGACGAACCAGAUGGAACCUCGGACCCACUAAACGCCACGACUAUUGCAUACGACCUCAUUUACAGCCUGGACGGUUAUCAUCCUGUCAGCCUUGUGCUGAAUUGCCAGGACUACGAAUGGACCUCGUACACCGCAGGCACAGAUAUCGUCAUGCAAGAUGUGUACAUGAUCGGAAACAAUGUCACCUGGUCCAACGAGUGGAACACGACUUGCACACCCGACUAUGGUGACUGCGGUUGUGACAAUUGCUUCAGUAUUCCUGCCGGAGAUAGCGCUGCUGUUCCGCCCAACUCCACCUAUUAUGGAACCACUGUUCCCGCAAAUAGCGGUGUCGGUUCUUACUUUGAUAUCAGCGACCGGGUUUCCAGCUUUAAAAAUCGACUGGAAGUGAUGGGAUGGGAACGUACUAAAGCGGUAUGGACUGUCCCUCAAGCUUUUGGCAGCGCGGAGUAUUGGAUGCGCACUCCUUCAGGCGAAGAAUGGGUUGUCCAGAGCAUCAUGGGCAUUAAUCAAGGUGCUCUGGGUGUCGUCCCUUGGGUAGACCCGAACCCCGAAUAUAUCAAGUUGGCAGCAUCCGCGUUCGCGCUGAGCUUGCCGAAGCUCACGCCAUAUAUCUUGAAUGCUUCCUCAAUGCGGAGCAACUAUUUGGUCGGGGGCAUUGACAUUGCUACUUGGACAGCAGGCACUGAGACGCUCGUCCUCGCUACCAAUACCGACUACGUCACCUCGAAGGUGACUUGGACGGGUCUCGGACUUCGUGAUGGUAGUAGUGUUGAAGCUCUGUUCAUAAGCGGAAGUGUUAAGAGCACUGGCAGUGGUUUCACGCUUGGUAGCGUGGCAUCUGCGGCCUUUUUGGUCACACCGAAAUAAUUUCUAGGGCGUUUUGAGGGGUUGAUUUAGAUACCAAAAUGACAUGGACAUUCAUACU